AUGUGCAACUCCUGUUGUGGCUCCUGCUGCUCUGGCCAGGGCUGUGGCUGCUGCCAGCCCAGGUGCUGCCAGACCACCUGCUGCAGGACCACCUGCUGCCGCCCCAGCUGCUGUGUCUCCAGCUGCUGCAGCCCCUGCUGUGGUGGUUCCAGUGGCUGUGGCUCCUGCUGCUGUCGCCCCACCUGCUGCCGCCCCACCUGCUGCCGGACCACCUGCUGCCGCCCCAGCUGCUGUGGCUCCAGCUGUUGCAGCCCCUGCUGUGGUGGUUCCAGUGGCUGUGGAGGUUCCAGUGGCUGUGGUUCUUGCUGCUGUUGCCCCACCUGCUGCCAGACCACCUGCUGCAGGACCACCUGCUGCCGCCCUAGCUGCUGUGGCUCCAGCUGCUGCAGCCCCUGCUGUGGUGGCUCCAGUGGCUGUGGAGUUUCCAGUGGCUGUGGCUCCAGCUGCUGUCGCCCCACCUGCCUCCAGACCACCUGCUGCAGGACCACCUGCUGCCGCCCUAGCUGCUGCUGCUAGUCUGUGUGCUGCCAGCAGUCAGGAUGCUGUAUGUCUAGGCCCUCCUGCUGCAUCUCCAGCUGUGACCAGCCCUGCUGCUGCCAGCCCAGGUGCUGCCAGACCACCUGCUGCAGGACCACCUGCUGCCGCCCCAGCUGCUGCAGGCCCUGCUGUGUGUCCAGCUGCUGCCGCCCCUCUUGCUGCCAGGGCUAUGGCUGCUGCCAGCCCAGGUGCUGCCAGACCACCUGCUGCAGGACCACCUGCUGCCGCCCCAGCUGCUGUGGCUCCAGCUGCUGCAGGCCCUGUUGUGUGUCCAGCUGCUGCCGCCCCUCUUGCUCUGGUGGGUCCAGCUGCUGUGGCUCCAGCUGCUGCAGGCCCUGCUGUGUGUCCAGCUGCUGCCGCCCCUCUUGCUCUGGUGGGUCCAGCUGCUGUGGCUCCAGCUGCUGCAGGCCCUGCUGCUGCAUCUCCAGCUGCUGCCGCCCCUCCUGUGACUCCUGCUGCUGCCAGACCUGCUGCCGCCUGCGUCCAGUCUGUGGCAAUGUCUCCUGCCACACCACCUGCUAUCGCCCCACCUGUGUCAUCUCCACCUGCCCCCGCCCCAUGUGCUGUGCCAUCCCUGACUGCUGA